CAUGAUUCAGAGUCAGGGAGAGAAAGCUGGGGAGCACUGAAGUCACUGGGUGUGUGAGAGGGAGUAGCUCAGAGCCCUGCGGCUUCAGGAGUGCUCACUGUUGCCUUCCUCCCCACUAGGAUGGCUUGCCUUCUUCCUGCUGCUCAGAGACUUCCUGCAGGCUUUCUCUUCUUAGUGCUCUGGGGCUCAGUUCUAGGUGACAAGCUGCUGGUGGUCCCCCAGGAUGGCAGCCACUGGCUUAGCAUGAAGGACAUAGUGGAGCACCUCAGUGAACGGGGACACGACAUUGUGGUGCUAGUGCCAGAAGUCAAUUUGCUUUUGGGAGAGUCCAAAUACUACAGGAGGAAAAGCUUCCCGGUCCCCUACAACCUCGAAGAGUUGCGGACCCGCUAUCGCUCCUUUGGGAACAACCACUUUGCCGCCAGUUCCCCCCUGAUGGCUCCUCUAAGAGAGUACAGGAACAACAUGAUUGUCAUCGACAUGUGCUUUCUCAGCUGCCAGAGCCUCCUGAAGGACGUGGCCACCCUCAGCUUCCUCAGGGAGAGCCAGUUUGAUGCUCUGUUCACGGACCCGGCCAUGCCCUGUGGUGUGAUCCUGGCUGAGUACCUCCAGCUGCCCUCCGCCUACCUCUUCAGAGGUUUCCCAUGCUCUCUGGAGCACAUGCUUGGUCAAAGCCCAAGCCCGGUAUCCUAUGUUCCCAGAUUCUACACCAAAUUCUCAGACCACAUGACAUUUCCCCAACGGCUGGCCAACUUCAUUGCUAACAUCUUGGAGAACUACCUUUAUCAUUGUCUGUACUCAAAGUAUGAGAUCCUUGCCUCAGACCUCCUCAAGAGAGAUGUGUCCCUACCUGCCUUACACCAGAACUCUCUGUGGCUGUUACGGUAUGAUUUUGUGUUCGAAUACCCCCGGCCAGUCAUGCCCAACAUGAUCUUCAUCGGAGGGACCAGCUGCAAGAAGAAGGGAAACCUGUCUCAGGUGGGUGACUCACGGCUUCUGGCUGCAUUAUCUCUUCACUGGCAGCUGUGGUUCUUGUGGGCUGCACUCCGACCUGUAUUUGGCAUCAGCCGCCUCUCAUUGGGAAGAUGGUCACAUGACCUAGUGGUAGGCAAUAGGAUGCCAGGCUCAGAGUAAGGAGCUGUGUGUCCUUGAAGCUGGAUAAAUACAGAGUUCUUUGCUUGGCAUCAGGAGAAAGUAUGAUUGGUUUGGUGACCUGGUGACAGUUGCAGAAUCUUUGAAUGAACCUUAGAAAUAUUUGGUCCACAGAGGUGAAGGCUUGACUCAGGAGACAGGUCCAGAUCAAAACCUUCUCAACCAGUGCUGUGGCAUGUGUAUUCCUUGGGUGCUAAGCCAGAGGUCAGCCAACAAAGGUCAGAGGUUCUAGCUUCCAAGGUCUUGUGUUUACAUGGUCCACAGCUAAAACAGUUUCAAAGGGACGCUGAGAGCAGCUGUGGAAGAAUGAGUGGCGAGAUGUACGUGGCUUCAAACUCUCAUCACUUGCCCUCUGACCUUUACCAGAGAGAAAGAAACAAGCAUCACUUCAUGAUUUAGGAUGUAUGACUUAUGAUUUGGAAAAUACUAAUGUGAGUUUUGAAUUCAAGACUGCUGAAGGGCUUCAGGUCCCACCUGUCUUUAAUUUCAUCUGAGAGAAAGCUUUAAGGAGUCCCCAAGAGCCUCUCUGAUUUUUCACACCUGCUGUGACCGGAAUGCUUGGGGCCAGGUGGACUCCUGGUUCAACAGGGCUGUGAAUAUUCUGAAUGGCUGAUCAGGUCUUGGGGUCUAGCUAAAUGGAGGUGCACUUGUGUUUGCCUAGCACAUGUGAGGCUAUGAGUUCAAUUCUCAUCAUGGUAGGAAAAAAGAAGAAAAGGGGAGAAAGAUGUAGGGAGAGAGAUGGGAAGAAG